AGAGGACGACACAGAGCUGGAGACGCUGACGACCAGCGCUGUCGCGGAGCUCAAAGGAGCCAGUCAUGGUCGCUGCAACAAGUCUCAAAUCGUGAUGAGGAGGGUGGAGAAUCCGAACGGAUGUGCCCGACCCGUUUAGGGUCUUUUAGGCCUAUAAACAAACAAGCAAACGGAGUGGUAUGCCGGUAAAUUUCCGCCGCUGGCAUGUCACCAUCACCCAAGCCUCCCAUGGUCAGGUGAAUCCAAAGCCCAAAGCAAAUAGGAAGGGGCAAAGGUGGAGGAGGAGGACAGGUCCACGGCAAUGCCAAAUCUUCUACCAAACUCCAGUAGGAGACAUCACGCCGCACACGAGGGCCGCGCCCGUUCUUUUUGAUCGGUUUCGGUUUCUUCUUCUUCUUCUUCUUCUUGUUUUCUCUUGGAAUGUUUCGUGGUGGCCGCCGCACAAGGCGAUGAGAGGAGCAGCGAAGAAAGCGGCGGUGGAGGGGGCGUCGGAGGAGCUGGAGCGGCGCAGCCAGUACCUGAGCUCGCUCAUCCAGCGCACCAAGGUCAAAUCGGAAGCCGAUCAGGAAAAGAAGGAGGUCGUGGAGGCGGCGGCCAAGUCCGAGAGGAGGGAGCUGCACGAUCACUCCCAACACCAUCACCACCACCAGGAACCCCGUCAGCGGAAGCAGCAGGAGGAUGUGGAGGACAAACAGGAGGAGGAGAAGAAGGGCUUCAAAGAUGGAGAUGGCUUCGACGGCGAUCCUCCCCAGGAGCAGCGGCAGCCGCCGAACGUCAAGGUCAGAGCCGCCGACAUGCCCCUCGCAUUGCAGAAGCGGGCUUUUAAGUGCGCCCGCGAGACGCUGGCCUCCAUGCCCAAACUCGAGAGCAAGCGGCUUGCCUGCGCCCUCAAGAAGCAGGAAUUUGAUUCAACAUAUGGUCCAGCUUGGCAUUGCAUUGUCGGAACAAGUUUUGGUUCGUAUGUCACACAUUCUUUGGGAGGCUUCUUAUACUUCUCCAUCGAUAAGGUCUACAUCCUUCUCUUCAGGACAGCUGUUGAACCAAUAGAUCGUUGAUUGCAAUUAGCUGGUAGUUCUAAGUAUAGAUAGAAUGAAAUUCUGUAGCAGCGAAUGCGUGAAAAACGAUCCUGUAAAUUUGUAAUGCACGUGAAGACAUGUAUUGGCUAUUUUCUUUUUCUUGGUCUACUAAAAACACUGCUGUUGUGUCUUUUUCUUAAUGUAUUAAACUUGCUAAAGGCAUAGUUCAUCAAGUGCUUUGCCAAUAACCAUUCAAUUCA